AUGAAAGCACCCAUCAUCCUCUUCCUCAUCAGCUACCUGGCGGCUCCCACGUGCCCGGCCAUCUUGGGGCGCUGUAAAAUUGCCAAAAUGCUCAGUGACGGGGGCCUGGAUUACUUCGAGGGCUACAGCCUACAGAACUGGGUGUGCCUGGCUUAUUUCGAGAGCAAGUUCAACCCCUCGGCCGUGUACGAGAACUCCAGGGGCGGCUACAUGGGCUACGGGCUCUUUCAGAUCCGGGAUAGCAAUUGGUGUGACCAUGGGAAGAAUCUGUGCAGAGUGUCCUGUUCUGCGUUACUGAACCCGAAUUUGAAGGCCACGAUCCAGUGUGCCAAGAAGAUCGUCAAAGGACGGCUGGGGAUGGGGGCCUGGCCUACCUGGUCCCGCAACUGCCAGCUCUCUGACACUCUGGAUCGCUGGCUGGAUGGCUGCCAACUGUAG